AUGCCCCGGGGACACGCCUGGCUGCACUAUCUCGGCAUCCUCCUUGGCAUGGCCAUGGGGAACGAAGGCUUGGAGGUAUGGCCCUUGGCCCAGCGAGAGGCGUGCACCUUCACGGGCUACCUGCGGGACAAGCUGCAGUACAGGAACCGGCUGCAGUACAUGAAAUACUACUUUCCCAUCAACUACAGGAUCAGUGUGCCUUAUGAGGGGGUGCUCAGAGUCGCCAACAUCACCCGGCUGCAGAGAGCCCGGGUGAAUGAGCAGGAACUGCGCUACCUGUGGGUCUGGGUGAGUCUCAGUGCCACCAGGUCAGUGCAGGACUUGCUGUACAAGGACCACCCAUCCUGGAAGUACCUGAAUGAGGUCCAGAUGCUGCUCUUCGAUGUCCAGCAAGGCCUCGGGGAUGUGGAGACCAGCCCCAAGGUUGAGGCGGUGCUAUCUCUCCUGGAUGCCCCAGGUCUGAAGCUGGUGCGGCCUAAAGCUCUGCUGGACAACUGCUUCCGGGUCAUGGACCUGCUCUACUGCUCCUGCUGUAAGCAGAGCUCGCUCCAAAUCUGGCAGGACUGUGAAACGCCGAACUCUAAGCGCCCUCAGCCCCUAUCUCAGUGCGAGGCUGAGAGGCUGUACCCUCCGCCCCAGCAGCCCUCCACUUCUCUGCUGGGCUCCCCAGGGGUGGAGGAGCAGGGGAGGGCGAAGGACCAAGGCUUCCUGCCCUGA